AUGGGAAUUAGCAGAUGGAGAUGGUAUGUGGCUAUGCUCUUCAUCCAACUGGCCUAUGGUAUAUCCAACAUCCUCAUCAAGAUCUCCCUCGACAAAGGACUCAACCCAUUUGUGCUGGUGGUUUACCGCCACGCUAUUGCUUUCCUACUGCUAGCUCCCUUCGCUUAUGUACUCGAAAGGAAACAGAGGCCUGCACUCAGCUUGUCUGUGAUGGUCAAGAUACUGGCGCUCUCAUCACUCGGGACUACGUUACACCUCAACAUCUACUAUGCAGGAUUGACAUACACAACGGCCACAGUUGCCAGUGCUCUCAGUAAUGUCAUCCCUAGCCUCACCUUCGCCAUGGCACUUCUACUCGGAAUGGAGCAAGUGAAGGUAGGCUGUGGAAGAGGGCGGGCCAAGGUGUUGGGGACGAUGAUCUGCGUUGCUGGAUCACUUGUUUUUACUUUCUGGAAAGGAGGUUCUCUGUUUCAGGGUCAUCUUGCCCUGCAGCAGCCUCUCCUAGAGAUCUCGUACAGCGCAAACCAGGACGGAGCUGAUCAUGACAAGAAUCGAAGUUCGAUCAAAGGCUCUGCUCUGAUCCUUACUAGCUACAUUGCUUGGAGUGGCUGGUUGAUUCUACAGGGGAUUGUCUGUAAGGUCUACCCUGCGCGUUUGUCGCUCAACGCUUGGAUCUGCUUCUUUGCGUCAAUCCAAUCAUCUAUGCUCGCACUUUUAUUCGCGAGAGAUCCUGCCCUAUGGAAGUUGAAGCUGGAGUGGAACGUGGAGCUCGCGACUAUCAUGUACUGUGGGGUGGUGAUAUCGACAUUGGUGUACUACCUGCAGACAUUGUGUAUCAGCAAAAAAGGUCCUGUAUUUGCUGCAAUGUUCAGUCCUCUGCUUCUUGUGAUCGUAGGGGCAUUCUCUUCCAUUGCUUUCGCGGAGCAACUUCAUCUUGGCAGCUUGGUAGGGGCACUGAUAAUCAUUCUAGGGCUAUACAGUGUGCUAUGGGGAAAAAGUGGAGACCAUACAGCUUUGUCCACAACAGCAGGAGCAGGGCAGAAAGGAAACGCAGUUGGUAUAGAUGGUACUGUUAGCACAACACAAAAUAGCUCCGCCCCCCACAGAAACCAACAGAAGUCGGCAGAAUACAUGGCAGUUAUGAACUGA